CUUGAAAAUGUUUCAGAUUCGUUAUCAAAAUGGGCAUUACAAGGGUGCAGAUGUGUAUGGUUUAAGGUGAACAUCAAAGAUGCUUUCUGUGUCCCCAUACUAGCACAAAAAGGAUUUAAUUUCCAUCAUGCAAGAGAUGACUUUGUGAUGAUGUACAAAUGGCUGCCUGGAGACUCAAUGCCGAAUCUUCCUCCGUCUUGCCAUACCAACCUCGGUGUGGGCGCCAUGGUGUUUAAUGACACAGGUCAUCUGUUGGCAGUAUCAGAGAAGCACUAUGAGUAUCCUCAUUGGAAACUUCCUGGAGGCUAUGUUGAAAAAGGUGAAGAUAUAAUAGACGCCGCCGUGAGAGAGGUAAAAGAAGAAACAGGAGUUGACGCCAGAUUUGAAUCUCUCGUUACUUUCCGUCACACGCAUAACAUGAUGUUCGAGAACUCUGAUAUUUAUGUCAUUCUCAUGAUGAAAGCUAUUACAGAUAAAAUAACACCAUCCCAAAGAGAAGUGAAUCUCUGUAAAUGGAUGAAAGUAGAAGAGUACACUAACCAUCCACAUGUCCAUAAGUUUAAUAGAUUCCUUGUCCAUACAGCCUUAGAAUACAAGAAACGAAAUUUAAAACUUGAUAUAAAGAAACGAAAAGUGCAAUGGGCAACUCAUGUACGAGACAUGAACUUCCUCGUUGUAGAAGAUUGUCAAUAGAUCAAAUUUGUAAAUUAAAUUAUGCGAUAUUUAUUUAAUGUACAUAAUGUGAAUAUGUAAAUGAAUAUAACAUAAGCAUGAAAUAAUAACCAUAGUUUCUGUUUUAAUAUUAUUUAUUUCGAAAUGUUUAAAAUAGAAAUUGUAGGAACAGUUAUAAAAAUCACAAGAUAUGUUUUCUUUACUGCCAUCACAGUCAGCUUGGGUAAAAAGUCUUACAGAAGUAAUGUUUAGCGUCAAUAUUAUUCAUGAUUUACUGGGAAAUUCUUUAGUACUUCCACUGGGGCAGUAUAUGGACUUUGGUAGAAGUUUGCGUGGGAUCUCCUUCCAUGAUAUAAGCAAACUCUUGUUUUUCGCCUUUGUCUGGGUGUUGGUCUGUAAAGAAAAUACAAUUUGUUAUUAAUUUCAAUAGCAUGAUAAUGAUAAUUUUCCUGGUGCGUCCACAUCUGAAUCUGAAGAAUGCGUAGGUCUGAGAGAAGCUAGAAGCUACAAGUGACACUUUCGCGUAAUGACGCUCCAACAUACAAAUGAGGUGGAUGGCGUUCAAUCGAAUCUGGAUACGAAUGUUGACGACAGAAAUUGUGGGGAAAAGACCUGAAGAAAGGCGAUAAAUGAAGAAAUACUACGACCAUCUAUAUCAUACCCCUAAGACAUAACAUAACAUCACGCUUUUUA